CGGGACUCGGAAAGGCUCGUGGCAGAAGGUGAGUUGGUGCGGCAGGUCGCCGAUCCGCAAUCGGGACCUCCCGUGGCCGUCGAAGGAACGAACGAGUGCUCGGAAAGCGGGGCCGUCAAGCUGCACAUGAAUUGGCUUGCUUCUUGCUCGUGCUGGCGCCGAGCUCUCAUGCCGAUGGCGCUGUGGGGGCAGCGAUCCCGCACAAGGCUGUUCACGGCACUCCCCGAUUGGACGUCGCCCCGUUGCCUGGGAAGAGUGUGAUCACAGAUUCUAUUGAGCAGCAGAAAGCUGGGCGGAGAGUAUCAGCUGUACGCAUUGCAGGGUUCUUGCGGGAUUCAAGUGCCUGUCGGAGAGGAGACAUUAGUCUGUACAUUUUGCCUCGAAGUUCUUCCAGUGUUUCAUGCGUUUGGCGUGUAAUCACAUCGAGGGCUUGUGUGUUGCAAAGUAAGCUCGAGGUCGAACGAUGAAAUCUGGGAGAUCUUUGGAUCGCCAUGUGCCAUGGUUCUUGGGGCCACCCGUUUCAAGGCGUGCAGAAUUUUGCACUUCUUACGCCACAAUUGCUAUGUUGAGCAGGAGCCACUCGGGGAGGCCUUGUACUAUGGCAGAGGAAGAAGUUUUGGGUCUUCUAAAUCAUUACUUUAUUUGUACUGUGGAAAACAAGGCCCUUUGUAUCCCGGAGAUGCCCACAUCUCCGGGAACACUCUUUGUGAACACUCUCCAAUCUGUCAUUCAGAUGGACCCUCCAAGCUCGAUGGCUCCCCCUGGAACAUCCACUGGCAGGUCACUGCAGCUUUUUUGACAAGAUCACGUACAGGGGAAGUUGCUAAAGGCCCUCGAAAAUCAUGGCCGUGGUGUUGGUCUGGGCCGAUUCAAACUCUCUCUUCGCCUCCAGCAGAUCGUGUGGGUGGAUCGCUUCUUAUGAAGAAGUCUCUCCUGUCAACCUUGGGCCUUGGCAUUCCCAACAGUCAAGCCUUAGUUGCAGACGAGGGACACCUGCACACGUUUGGAGGGCUUAUGCAAUCUCAAGGGUCCAUCCCGUCUCUAAACGGGGGACAUAGAGAGCCGGUGUUGGAUGGAUCGAGAACUCGGAAUGGUGCUCUCCUUGUUCACAGUCGCCUCAUGGAUGGAAACCCUAAUGCAAGUUCAGAUGAUCGGACUGGCGCAAGGCGGCAACAGAAGUCGAGGACCGAUAUCUGCGAUGGAAGGCCCAAGCUGCGCACAAGAUUAACACCCUCGUAUUUUAUCGAGUUGCUGCAACGUCAAACCGACUCAAACUUGGCUCUAAGAUUGUUCAAAUGGGCUGAAGGACAAAGUGGAUUCAAGCACACGCCUGGCACUUACUGUGCACUGAUCAAAGCUCUGGGUUCUUCAAAAUCAUUCAGCACCUUAAAGCAGCUGAAGAAGGAAUUAGAGUUGAAGGGAUUAUCAUGUUCCACCCUUGUACUGAGGACCUUGGCGGUUGCAUUUGGUCAAGGUGGAAUGACUGAAGAAACUAUUGAGUGCCUGAAGCGAAUGGAGGAUCUUGGAUGUCGGCCGCGGUCAUCGUUGUACAACAGUCUUAUGCACGUGUUAAUUAAAGCAGACUGUCCGCACGGAGCUCAGCUUCUCUAUCAGCGAAUGUUAGAUGCUGGUUGCCGUCCAGAUUCCUGCACCUUCAAUAAUCUUCUAGUUGGAGUGAGUGGCAGUUUCCUGAAGAUGCAGACAAUUCUUGAAGAAAUGAAGCAUCAGUCUUGCAAACCAACUGCGGUGACGAUUGCUAUUCUUCUCAAUGUUCUCUGCAAAGCAGGAAAGCUAGAUGAAGCGUGGAGCCUGUUCGCAGCUAACAAGGAUUUGGCAAAUGUAGUCGUCACUAACACGAUGAUCCAUGGCCUUUGCAAGGCUGGCCGCAUUGAGCUUGCUUUAGAGCUAUUUCAACAGAUGAAGGAGAAGAAGCUACGUCUGCAGAAGGCCACUUUCAAUAUCCUCAUACAUGGUCUGGGUCUUGCCCGCAGGACCGAAGAUGCUCUUCGACUGUUCCGAAGCAUGGUGAACUGGGAAAUGGUACCGGAUGUACUCACCUAUAACGUGGCAUUGAGAAUUUUGAUCAAAGAUGGCCGGUUGCCUGAAGCUUGGAGGCUUUUCGAGACGAUGGUAACAGAGAACUUGAGUCCUGAUGGUAUCACAUACGGCACGCUUAUUGAUGGAUUUUGUCAAGGGGGUGAUUUGGACUCAGCUUGUAAGCUGUUCAUGACAAUGGAGGGGAGUUGCUUCAAUGCCCACAAAGUUGACUCUUCUCGUGCCUAUUGCGAGGCAAAAGAGGAAGAUGAUGGUGUCUUGAGGUCAACAGAUAGUAAAUGUGCAGGCUUGAGUGUUGACAGGGCUGUGUACACUGCAUUGUGCACUGAGUUGUUUAAAGCAGGUCGGAUUUCGGAAGCUCAUGAGGUCUUUCGAGAAACGGCAAAGUCGGAUCCUCGUUUAUUCCUGUUUGCAUACAACGCAGCAAUCUAUGGGUUCGGAAAGGCAGGCGACGUAGACAAAGCAUGGAAUCUGUUCCAGAGUAUGUCAGAGCGUGGGUGUAAACCAGAUCUUGUUACCUACAACACCCUCUUAUCAACUUUUGGGAAGGCCAAACAGGUUGAUAGAGCAUGUGACUUGUUCUUAGACAUGCAAGUUUUAGGUAUCAAACCUGACGUCGUGACCUGCACCACCCUAGUUGAUGCGCUGUGCAAGUCAGGUAGAGCACAAACAGCUCUUGAAAUGUUCGAGGAGAUGCAAGCUCAAGGUAUAUCACCGAAUGUUCUUACCUGUCAUGCACUGUUCGAUGGACUUUGCAAGGAAGGCCAUCUCAGAAAGGCUUAUAUGCUGUACGAAGACAUGAUGAACAAGCCCUGCUUGCUCAAUGGAGUAAUGUAUCGGAGUCUAAUACGUGGAUUCAGCAACUCUGCCCACCUUGUGAAUGAAUCUUAUCGCUUGUUUAGAGAAAUGUCAGAGAAGGGAUACCGGUCUGAUCCCGUUACAUCUUAUAUGCUCAUGCGAUCUCUUAGGAGGGCAGGGAAGACAGACGAAGCACAAGAGAUUGUUUCGAUGUCCUCUGGGAAGAGAACAGUGUAGAUUGAGGUGGCAUAGGUGGAGGAAUAUCUUCAUGUAGCUUCAUUUCCCCAACAUUGGGGUGCCUUCGCUCUCGGUCGGACUCUACGGAAAGAAUGCUCUGGUAUAUAUGUGGUCUUUACAUUGUAAGGCCAAGGCUUGGACAUCAGCAGAUGCUGUACCCGGGAGCCUCUUGAGUGUUCAGGGUUUAAAAACCAAUCGGUGUUUAAAAACUGGACCCGUGAGCUCCAUGGUUGUUCUUGAGCGGAAGAAUGCUAUAAGACAACCACUCAUGUUCAUAUAUUAUGGAAGCUGCUCCUUCAAGCCGGAGUCGAUGGAUACUCCAUGCUUUACAGCAUUGACAAGCUGACAAUCUUGUUUCAUCUUUCUUUGCGAGUACUGGAUUUUGUUCCUGGUCCGAGCUUAAUGUUGUACAAGCAGUCCGGAUGUGGCUCAAUUAUUUUCACCUCGGACAAAGUGGUAUAUUUCUCGCUGUACGACCAAAGCACUUUUCUUUUGCCUUGAGGGUAUUUAGCAGCAAGCUCCUCAAACUUCUGACUUCGACACAUUAUUAGGAAACGUGACGUUUAGGAAGACUAGCAUUCUCUACCUCAACGUAUUUUACGAGCCGUCUGGCUCGACAGGAACAUGUAGCAUUGAAUCUGGUUUUAGAACGAAUGAGCUUGUAUCUUAUGAUGUUUAGUAAUGGUUCCACGACACGCAUGCAACUUAAUAGGGAGGAUAGAAUAUGGAUUGGUCAGAGUCAAUGGGCUGGUCAAACUCCUGAAGUAUAAGAAUGAAAAGGCAUGGGAAUAAAAAGCCUUUUGAAAACACAUCAUCUCAGCCACAGAGCAAAAGUCGAAUUACGCCAGUAUAGACUAAACAGGAUGGGACAUUUUCUCAUGAUAAUUCGGAGUCUUCAUCCUCGCCUCUGAUGUUUUCUCCACACACGUCUAAACAUAGAAUUAAGUAUUUUUCCUUUUGUCUCUUUCAUGCACAUAGCCCGGAGUGGUUUCAGGAUUGUUUUAAUUACCUUCCUCCAUUAAAUUAUUCUUCUCUCAACAUCAUAGACCAAAGCACGCUUUAAUGUGAUGUUGUCUGAAUUAUCGGAUGGAAGAAGACUAGGGUCGGCUGUCAUUAGAAUCCCGAGGACGUUUGUAGUCCAGAAGCUCUGUGCAAUUUUAACACCAGUGGAAUGAAGAUAUG